ACGCGCGCGGCCUCGUAUUUAGGGAUUGGGUUUUCACUUUACGGAGAUCGGUCGCCCCCCCCUUGUUCGACGGCUUACAUUUGCCCCCUUCUCUCACCCAGAUUUCAGAGAUUUUUGCUCCUCCCUGAGGUUCCCCGUCGAUUCCGUCAGUUUUACUGUCGAGUCGGAGCCGAUGGGGGUGUAAUUGUCUGUAACAAGGUUCCAUUCCCCUUCUUUAUGCCUAUCCGGGAAAUGCAGGAUCUCUUGUUGGCCAAAAUUUGUUUUUUGUGAGGCUUGCUGAUCUCUUUGGCAACUCAACGUUGGAGGGUAGGCUUACCCAUACGAUCGAGAGGAAAAAAAAGAGUGAUUUUAUACGGGUUUUUUAUGAGGAGGUACAGUCCACCUUAUUAUAGUCCUCCUAGGAGGGGCUACGGUGGUAGAGGGCGAAAUCCACCUAGGAGAGGAUAUGGUGGGAAGGAGCAGAGUACUGGGAGCCUUUUGGUUCGAAAUAUUCCCCUGAAUUUUCGACCUGAGGAUCUUCGAGUUCCGUUUGAAAGAUUUGGUCCUGUACGAGAUGUUUAUCUUCCAAAAGACUACUAUACCGGGGAGCCCCGUGGUUUUGCAUUUGUGGAGUUUGUUGACCCGUAUGAUGCUUCAGAAGCUCAAUAUCACAUGAAUAGACAACUACUUGGAGGCAGGGAGAUAACUGUAGUUCUUGCUGCUGAAUCACGAAAAAGGCCUGAAGACAUGUGUAAAAGAGCUAGAGUUAGAGGGCCCUCCGGUAAUGAUCGACGGCAUUCUUCUUAUUAUGGACGCUUACGUUCUUGUUCAAGGUCACCCUCACCAUCUCCCCGUUAUUCUUCAAGGUCCAGACACCGCUCGCGAUCUUACUCUCCUGCACCGAAGUCCUGCAGUGACCACGCUUCUUCCCCACGAAAAAAGCAAUCUAGUCAUGCAAGAUCUCCCAGAAAUCAUUCAAAGGAGCACAAUGAGGAUGUAAAUCGCAGAUCACAUUCUCCAAGCUACAGUGAUGCUAAUCGAAAUGAAGAUGUUAAUCAUCAUGAUAAUAGGCCUCCGCAUGAUGCUGAGGGAUCACGGUCCCAUUGGAGAUCACCAAGGCACUCGUCAGCUUCGCUGCCAGGAUCGCGAUCAAGAUCUGCUGAUUUGAGCCCCAGACGCAGCAGUGAAUGAGAGGUAUGCAUUUUUCUUUCAGGUGCAACAGUGAAUGAUCAUGACGUGCUAUGUUUCUUUCAUGUUAAGCAGAUGAU